AUGGUCCGUCUUAAGAGUCGAUACAUUUUAUUUGAAGUCUUAUCACCAAGGCAAGAACAACCUUCUUCUGAUUCAAUCAAUGAUAUUUUCCUAAAUCAUCAUAGGGCGACUUCGAAACAAGGUACCAUCAAAGUGCUUUUACAGGAAAUACGACGUUCUUUGCAACUCAAUUUUGGUGAUUAUGGGUCCGGAAGAGUGAAUUCUAUGUUACAAAUAAAAUACUUCUCAAAUGCAACUUCAACAGGGAUCAUUAGAUGUCUAAGAGAAGACUGUGAGUUAUUAAUUGCAUCAUUAUUCUUUAUUACCAAAUUGGGUCCAAUUGAGGGAAUACUUUUGAAUCCAAUCAAAGUUAGUGGAACCAUUAAAAAAAUUGAGCAACACGCAAUCGCAAGGAAUUCAAAAUCUUUAUCUACUAUCUCAAAACAUAACCAAAAAAUAUCAGAUGAUUUGAAGAAAAUAGUUCAAGCGAAUUCUGACGUUGAUGAUGAAGAUGAGAGUGUUAAUGACGACAUUAUGGAGCUUGCAUGA